UAUAAAUGAAAAGCCUUCUAAGGUACGAGUGUGUCAGACAACUCUAUGAGGAAUUCGACCAUGUCAACAGCAUUGUCUAUGACAGUAUUAAAAUAGACCGUAAAAAGUGCAAGAAGAGCAAUCGAAUUAAGAUUAAUAGGCUUAUACAAAAGGAGAAAUUAAAGAAGAGAGUCAAGCAAAGAAAGUCAAAUGUGCCCUCGAAUAGAAGAGAUACUUUAUUUUCAGCCAAAAGAUUGGCCAAUAGAAAUCGUAGAUACAGGACAAUAACAGCUUCACCGAUUGAUUGAUCACAGAAUGGCUCUAUUGAAAAAUAAUUUCAGUAUUGAUAAUAUUUUGCAUACAGGAACUCCUAGCAAUAAACUCAAUACUUAUAUGACCAAAAAGUUAUCGAAAGUAGAGCAAGAAAUCAGCCUUCGAGCACAAAGGAAUGAGACUCAGAAACAGAGAAUGAACUCCUAUUGAAUUUCUCCCAUGUCUACCUUGUCUGUAGGGAAAGAUGUUUCUCAGAAUCUUGAGAAACCUCCUAUCAGGUACUCGAAUAUAACUUCAUUUGCAACUCCUCUGCAUGAGACUUUUCAGUACUUGAAAUCCAAACUUCAUGGGAAGGGAAGUUUCACUGGAACAACGAGGCACCGUUCCAAUAAGCGGUCGACAUAUGGGGCUAGCACUGCAUGUAGCAAGAUAACUAGCUUUACAUCAUCUGAGAUGCCUCUUAGCGAAAAGGAUCUUACUACUUUUAGGAUAUAGGAAAAACCUUCUCUAAAAUUAUUUCUGGGUCGAAUUUUACUCCUAAUUCGCCUGUUGUUCCUAUUAAGGAAAACUCAAGAAGAUCUACUCGGAAAAGAGUGAGUAAAAAUGUAAAAUUAAAGCCUAAAGUAAGGCAUAGAUUCUCUGCUCAACCUCCACAGCCUGUUAAAGCUGUAAGGGUAAGCUGGUUGAACUAGCUCGUUCCUAAUCUUGCAAUUGAAAAUUUUAAGCUGGU